CCAGAGUGCUGCCACCAUUCCAGCACGUUCAUGAAUCCCGCUCGCGAUGCUCCAUCCAGCGCUUCGGCGUCGUAUUCCUUACCCAAUUUCUCCAAAGACGAUCCGCUGCCACUGCCUCGUGUCAACACCACUGGCGACACGCCAGCCGCCAAUGUCGACGGCCAACUUAAUCCUACGGCGGCCGACCGCGUGUUUCCCAUCCGCUCUGUGGUGUCUGUUGAUCCUAGUCCCACGCCCACGACCAAGGUUGAGAGGGCCGAGGGAUACUUCCAGAAUGCUGCCCACGCUCGGCGCAUGUCAGUCGGUGUCGAACACUCAGCGCACGCCAAAUCCACUUCGCGAGUCCGGAACGUGAGCGUGGAAUCUACGCCCUCUCCAGCAGGACAGGAUGCCUAUGCUUCCCCGAGCCGCCACCCAUCCACAUCUACCACGACGUCCAUGGAUUCCGAAGGUCCACAAAUGCCUGCCGGACACCAAAUUAUCAACGAGAUCCUCAACGAGACGGAUAGCCUAGAUGGCAAAAGUAAUCCCAGCACGAGACCUGCUUCUGCCAGAGCGCCAUCGUUUAGGAGUACGAAGAGCAGCAUUGAUGAGACUGGACCUUUGGUGACUGCAAGAUUCAAGCAUGUUGUAACGGAAGGCGGGCAUGCCAUCAUCACAGGAAGGCACGGAGAGACCUUGCAAAGGUGUGAGGACGAACCAAUCCACAUUCCCGGCGCCGUGCAAGGCUUUGGUCUCUUGAUUGCAUUGGAAGAGGAGCAGGAAGGCAGACUCGUGGUCAAGGUGGUCAGUGAGAAUUCCAAACGGCUGCUGGGAUUUACACCAAGACAGCUCUUCUCGCUCGACAGCUUUACAGAUAUCCUGUCCGAGGAGCAAACAGACAAUCUGCUGGACCACGUAGAUUUCAUUCGAGACGAGGAAGCCGAUGUCAUUACGAAUGGACCCGAAGUCUUCACGAUUUCCAUACGAAAUGCGCAGCGCAAGAAUCAGAAAUUCUGGUGCGCCAUGCACAUCAACGACCGCAAUCCGAAUCUCAUCAUAUGCGAAUUUGAGCUAGAAGACGAUCCGGUGAAUCCAUUGGUGCCACCUAACGACAUGACACCAGAGCCUCCCGAAGAUACUCUCGACAGUCGGCCGACCGAAAGCGAAUUUCUGGAAAGCACACAAAACAGUAGCAAGCCUUUGCGUGUGCUUCGAAGUGCUCGGAAGCGGAAAGGCGAAGCUGCAGCCAUGGAAGUUUUCAAUAUCAUGUCCCAGGUUCAGGAGCAGCUCGCAUCCGCAACGAAUCUCGAGAAGUUCCUAAAGAUAUUAGUGGGUGUCGUUAAAGAGCUUACUGGCUUUCACAGAGUGAUGAUAUACCAAUUCGAUCAGUCCUGGAACGGAAGAGUGGUCACGGAAUUGGUCGAUCCUCGAGCCACCAAGGACUUAUAUAAGGGCCUCAAUUUCCCAGCAUCAGACAUUCCCAAACAAGCUCGAGAGCUUUACAAGAUCAACAAAGUUCGUAUGCUUUACGACCGCGAUCAUGAGACCGCCCGGCUUGUCUGCCGAACCAUGGAGGUUUUGGAAACCCCAUUGGAUCUCACCUAUUCCUACCUUCGAGCGAUGUCGCCCAUCCAUCUGAAGUACCUGGGCAACAUGGCCGUUCGAUCGUCCAUGUCGAUCUCCAUCAACGCCUUUGAGGAGCUGUGGGGUCUCAUAGCUUGUCACUCGUACGGCUCGAAGGGCAUGCGAGUGUCAUUCCCCAUCCGGAAGAUGUGCCGGCUGGUUGGUGACUCUGCCUCUCGCAACAUUGAACGUUUGUCAUACGCGUCUCGCCUGCAAGCAAGGAAACUGAUCAAUACUGUUCCAACACAAAACAAUCCCUCAGGGUAUAUCAUUGCUUCGUCAGAAGACUUGCUCAAGCUCUUCGACGCCGACUUUGGCCUGCUAUCGAUCAGAGACGAGACGAAGAUAUUGGGUCAUCUGGAGCAUUCACAGGAAGCACUUGCCAUGUUGGAGUACUUGCGCAUGCGAUGCAUCACAAGUGUCAUGACCUCGCAAGAUAUCAAAGAAGACUUUCCAGACCUGCGAUACCCGCCUGGAUUCGCCGAAAUUGCCGGUUUGCUUCUGGUUCCUCUUUCAGUGGGUGGGCAGGAUUUUAUCGUGUUCUUCCGAAAAGGCCAGCUCAAAGAAGUCAAGUGGGCAGGCAAUCCUUACGAAAAGUAUAUCAAAGAAGGCACAGAAGGUUAUCUCGAGCCCCGCAAAAGUUUCAAGACCUGGAGCGAGACGGUGGUUGGCAAAUGCAGGGAAUGGUCUGAGGAAGAGAUCGAGACGGCUGCUGUAUUGUGCCUCGUCUACGGAAAGUUCAUCGAGGUGUGGAGGCAGAAGGAGGCAGCAUUACAGAACAGCCAGUUGACUCGGCUGCUCCUCGCAAACUCUGCCCAUGAAGUUCGCACACCGCUCAAUGCGAUCAUUAAUUAUCUGGAAAUUGCGCUAGAAGGCUCUUUGGACCAAGAGACACGAGAGAACCUUGCGAAAUCACAUUCUGCAUCGAAAUCGCUGAUAUACGUGAUCAACGACCUCCUUGAUUUAACCAAGACCGAAGAAGGUGGCGAGCUUGUCAAAGACGAAGUCUUCGAUCUUAGCGCCACUCUCUACGAAGCUACAGACAUGUUCAAGGGAGAUGCCAGGCGGAAAAACAUAUACUACGAGAUCAACGACCAUCCCGGUCUGCCAAAACAAGUCAUUGGCGAUCAACGCAGAAUCCGUCAGGCCAUCAGCAAUGUCACUGCCAAUGCGAUUCAGAAUACGAACGAUGGUGGAGUGAAAGUCGACAUGUACUUGACAUCACGCAGUGAGUCUCACGCUGAUGUUGAGAUCAGCAUAGCCGAUACGGGCGUUGGUAUGAGCACGAAGAAGCUCGAUGCUCUUUUCCGCGAGCUAGAACAAGUACAGACGGAAAGUGAAGGCAUGCUUUCUGACUCUAUGAGCGCCGAUCGAGCACCGCCGGAGCCGAAAGAGCCGAAAGAGAACAAAACCCUAGGUCUUGGGCUGGCUGUUGUUGCACGUGUUAUCCGUAACAUGAAUGGACAGCUACGUCUCAAGUCGGAAGAAGGAAAGGGAUCACGGUUCGUGAUACAGUUUCCGUUUGAAUUGCCUGUCACAGAACCGAAGCAGCCGCAGCUUGAAGCAUCGAGCUCUCAUGGUUCCACCACACCGCAUGCUGAAGCGUCGGAGGGCCCGAACACGCCACCCACAGAUGACAUGAUGACCCUCAUCGAGCGUGGGAGCGGCAAUCGGCGCGAUUCGAGCGACGAUCGCCACACCGAGGGUAUGAUCCGCAAGAAUAGCACUGAGAGCGUCGUCAGCAGAAACAGCCUGGGGAGCGCAAGGUCGGGCGCUAGUGGGCUCAGCACAGCCUCCGCCAGGAGUGGGAAAAGCGAGGCUGAUAGGCUUAUCGAAGCCAUCCAGGAGCCUCACCGAGUGGAUGGUUGGCAUGAGAACAGCGUUUCUAAAUCCAAUAGUCGAACAGAGACCCAUGCACGGCCGCGACUCAGCAAGCGACAUACCACUGGCGAGGCCGGACCCAACGCCUCUCCAGAGAAGACCCGUGUGAAGAGCAUGGAAAUCACUACGAUGCCUCCCAGAUCUUUGCGACCUGGUGAGACUUCGGUCGCAGAUCAAGGUCAGCCAAUACGUCCUGUGAGAAUCUCAGACUAUAUCGCAUCACCCAAGAGCGAAAGGGCUUCAGCCAGUGAAAGGCCUAUCAGUGCGCCAUCUGCUGCGCCCGAAACGCUGCCCGAACCCCUGAAUGCCCAGCCUGAUGAUCAGCCGGAUGCAUCGCAUCUGAAUGUGCUGGUGGCGGAGGACGACCCCGUCAACAGUCGUAUCAUGAAGAAGCGACUUGAAAAGCUGGGCCACGAAGUGACUUUGACCGUCAAUGGAGAGGAAUGCUCAAGCACCUACUGCGAUAAGGUUGGCUUCUUCGACAUUGUCCUGAUGGACAUGCAGAUGCCAAUCGUUGAUGGGCUCACCUCGACGAAGAUGAUCCGGUCCUUUGAGAAGUCGCACCCCACUGAUCUGCUUUCGAAACGUGCUGCUAUGAACGGGCGGGUUCCAGUAAUUGCUGUUUCCGCAUCACUCAUCGAAAGGGACCGACCACAUUACAUUGACGGAGGCUUCGAUGGCUGGAUCUUGAAGCCUAUUUCAUUCCAGCGCCUUCAAGAGAUCAUGGAGGGUAUCGUCGACAAACAAGUCAGGAUAGAAAACCUGUAUAAACCUGGCUCAUGGGAACGAGGGGGAUGGUUCGAUGAAGCCCAAAAGGACAUGCUCCAAGCAGAUACAACCCCUAGCCAACUGCCCCCAACUACUGCUCCUGCGAAAGGAGUGAAGGUCGCAGCGGCCAUCGAUGACGCUCAAGCAAAAGAAGAAGGCGAGAGCCGACAGACAGCGGAGCAGAAUCGGCUUCCGAGUGAACAAGAGAAGCUGCAAAACCCGGACCCUUGAGAUGAAGCGGGAUCGAGCAUAUGCGAAGAGCCUACCAGUGACAGACUUACAGCUCCCGCAAAGACUUCGGAGCAGAGUUGGAAACAGAAUCUGCUACUGAAAUGAAUGACGCCUGAUAAACCUAAUGCUACACAGUAUGAGUACACUCCACGUGCUUCAGCUCUUCGCCUUUAGAAUGUCGACAACAGCAGCUUGAAACGACAGCAACAGCACAGAGAUCUAUUGCCGCACGACUUGACGAGCAUGCCGACGCGGUUCCUGUUUUUUUUUUGUGUGUGUGUGUGCAUAUUGGGAAAUUUUGGAUCAGUGUGUUCAGUAUUGUUAACGCGCAUUGACUGGUUUGCAUUGGAGCGGUGCAUGGAGCGCUUGGGAAGAAGUACCUGUGGCGAAGGAUUUUAGUAUUGUCAUUGUUGGCGGUCGUCUUCUCCAGAAUCCUGAGAUAAGCGUGUACGAACAUAAUUCAUACCAAUACGCGUCAUC